GUCCAUAACGUGGCGAGAAAAUUAGAGUGUUCGUCUUUAUCAAAUAAAUUAGUCAAUUUUGAGUCGUGGAGCCUAAUUUUUUUUAGUAAACUUUCUGGAUUUUUUCCACGAUUUCGAAAAACGUCUCAGAAGAAAAAAAAAUGGAGGACACGAAGACCUUGACCUUUCCUCUGGAUCCUCAAAGUGAGAAGUUCAUAACUUUGGCAUUGUUCACAAAUGUGAAAAACACGGCUGAAAUAAGGGACAAAUUGUUGUCUGGAGAGCUGCGGUGUUGUUUACUAAAACCGGCUCUGAUAAUAGAUCCCUUCCAAGUGGCCGUCGCAGCAAAUAAAGCCGUAUGUGCAGAAAUGUUUGGAGAUCUUGUGACGAAAUCGGUUUUUACUGAAACCUUGUACAAUUUAUCGAUAACGAAGAGUAUUUCGAAGGCUUUGAAUCUUUUUGGGAGCGUUGAUAACGAUACGGACAUCAUGGUGGGAUUGAUCCACAAAGAUGGUGCGCAGGAAGCUGGGAUGAAGAGUAUUUUGGAGCUGAUUCAAGGAGAGCAAGUUCCAGUUUCUAGACUUGGAGAUUUUUCGGAUUUGGAAAAAAUUCAGAAGAUUUAUAAAAUUAACGAGACUGAGUUGCAAGUGUCGACUUUAGUGGACUCGAUUGCGACUAGAAUUAGCGUGAAGGAUUUUGUAUCUUUCUAAAAAUUUUGUGUUUCUUGAAAAUAC